CACAACUCUCUUAAGUAGAGUGCAUCAUAACCCCACCACAAAAUCACUUUACAUUUUCCUUGUCCUCCAAGUAAGAAGCUAUCUCUCUCUCUCUCUCCCUCUCAAUCUCUUUCAAUGGCAGUUUCAAGAACAGAAAGUAUCUGCAAAGAAAUUCACAAUUCUUUUGGGAAGGAAAAUGAAAAACUUGUAAUCCAGCUCCUGCUUGGCCUAACCCAACCUGAAUCCAGAAAAAUCAGAGAAAAUUAUUUAAAAAUGUACGGUGAGGAUUUAAUCCAUCUUUUCCAGAAAUUCGAUCCAGGUGUCUCAUCCCUGUCCAGCCUGAUAAUACUCAACCCAUUUGAGAGGGACUCUGUUUUUGCAAGAGAAGCUAUUUUCAAGAAUGCCACUGUUGAUUACAGGGCACUCGUCGAGAUUUUCGCGAGCCGAAAAUCGAGCCAUGUCCUUUUGAUUCGACAAGCUUAUGCCUCAAAAUAUAGGAGCCAGUUAGAGUUGGAUAUUGCCGCCAUUGAACCUCGCCAUCCAUAUCAAAAGAUCUUGAUGGCAUUAUCUGCAUCACACAAAGCACACCAUGCUGAAAUUAGCCAUCACAUUGCAAAAUGUGAUGCAAAAAGGGUGUAUCAAGCAGGAGAGGCUAAGCUAGGAGCCAUUGAUGAAGCUGUUGUAUUAGAGAUCUUUAGUAAAAGAAGCAUUUCUCAGCUCAAAUUGGCAUUUCUCAGCUACAAACAAAUUUAUGGGCACAGUUACACUAAAUUUCUGAAAAAUCAAGGUCUUGGAGAGUUUGAGGAUGCUGUUAGAGUUGUUGCAGAGUGCAUUUACAGUCCAGCAAGAUAUUAUGCUAAGGUUCUGUAUGGAUGCUUGAAGGGAACGACAAGCGAUAAGAGCGCAAUCGAGCGGAUUAUGGUGAGCCGGGCAGAGGUGGACAUGGACGAGAUACAAAGAAGUUUCAAAGGGAAAUAUAAAAAUGAACUGAAAAAUGUCAUAUGUGAGUGCAUAUCACAAGGCAAUUACAGAGAUCUUCUAGUUGCAAUGGGAACUAAGGGCUCGACUUGAUAUAACUCAGGUUGUCGUAGUGAAAUAUUCCGGCGACCUAUGUGUCGUGUAGAUAGCUUUUUAUAUAAUCGGCAUUAAUUUCAUUCAUUAGUCCUAAAUAGAACUUUUGUAUCUCAAGACUUUGGAUCAUUUAGCUAAGAAAAAUUUCGGUAGUAGUCUUUCAAGCUUAUGAAGUUAUGGC